AUCGAGGAAAGAAAGAAGAAGAAUCAUUAGCACAGCCGUAACCGAACUGGAUCGUCGAAUGACAAAUGGAGAAAAGGACAGAACAAUGCAAUCAUCGAGUAUCGAGUUUGUUGACAGCAAAGAACAAGAAGGUGUCAUACGAUGCAUAUUUUUCUCCGAAUUUCAUCACAUAGCAGGACCAAAAAUAACCUGUCAGGUGCCCGACAACUUCAUUUCCAAAGAUAUAUUUGACAACGUUAGUGUUUAUAUUAUACCAAAAGCUCAGUUACAACGGAGCACCAUCACCGUAACCCUUAGGGACUACAAAAUAUUGGGAUUUCCUGUGAAGAUUGAUGACAAAAAAUAUGCCAGGAAUGCGUUUUACUUCAAUCUUUGCUUCGUUUGUAAUGCCGAAGAUAGAACCGUCCAUUAUGAACCGGUUGUCAAAAAGAUGUCAGAUUUCUUGAUGGCUCUUGAAAUAGAGAAUCGUUUCCUCUCUUCGUCAGACGAUAAAACAAGAUUGUCUCAAAUGCUUGAACAAGUAAUGGAGGAUCUCAAUUCUCACAAAAUGUGCACUCUUACUGAAGGGACAAUGACAUCUCAUCUGAAAGUCGUACGAUUAGCAGCAGAACCAAAGCCUGUUCUGGAUCACCAGGUCCCUAUUUUUCUGGAAGGUCGAGAAGCUUUUUGCAGUGAUCAAUGGGACCUCACGACUCAACAAGUUUUGCCAUACAUCGACGGUUUUAAUCACGUUGCUCGUAUCGCUGCUGAAGCCGAUGUGGAAAAUAAUUUGGUUAAAAGUUGCGUUCAAAAUCUUGUGUAUUACGGCGUUGUCACACUGAUACCAAUAUUUCAGUACAGCAAUGUUUAUGCGACAACUCCUAAGCUGAAAGACCUUGCGGAGGAUCAAUUUCUGCAGGAAAGAUGUAUCGCUUAUGCCUCGAAAUCGCCUCGGCAACCCGCGUUCUUGCGUGACAUAUAUAGGAUGUAUGCCAGUAUGACUCAUGGGACGAGUAUGAGAGAUUUGUGUCAGCGUUUGAAUCCACAAAAUCUUCGAAUAAACGAAAGAAAGCUCGUGCAGUGUGGCCUCAUCGAGGGUCUCAUAAGAAGAGUCUACAAGUAUCCGAUUCACCUGCCAGGACCUUGCGGGGAAAACGAAGGCGACAACGAAGAAGGUCGAAACGAGCCGAUCUACAAAUACUUCACCGGUGCUUACAAUCUGGACGAGAUUUGUUGCAUCACGGGCCAAUCGGUAGCCCAGGUAGAAGAAAUCGUGGAAAAGGAUCCGAGCGUCGUAAUGCUCUGGAAAUAAUGGAUGAAAAAAUCGAUAAGCCGACGAGUUAAUGUGCAGGAUAAUUUAUUUUUUCAUUUAAGGAGAUUAAGGCUGACGAGAGAACGAGGCUGUUAUUUCAUUUGUUCGUCCUACAAAAUAUCAGUAGCAUUUUGAGACGUCUUAGAAUUUUUAAUUUAAAGCAAAGGUGCAAAAUAUUUAUAAGGCUAUACUCGGAUGCGGCGAAUCAUUAUUUUCGAACCAGUCGUAAAAUAGUUUUUAUUCGAUUCUCCACGAAUAUAAUGCGAAAAAGAUAA